AUGGCGUCUGAACACAAGAUUCAUCGACCAUAUGUGCUGGCCACUUUGCCCCGCCCUCUUGACCACACUGGUGGUCGUAUUGUUGCUCGCGAGGUCUAUGGUUUACGGCCUGGCCAAAAAAAGAAGAAGCGUAUGGAGCUAGCCGUUGGAGUUGAUGGUGAAACAGCCAGUAUAUACGAUGUUCCUGCGUCGCGACUCAUCACAUCGUAUCCCAUCCCACCUCAAGAAUCCUUCACCUGCGCUCCGUACUCUAUUAGACUACGGCGGUCAGGCAGCGAAGAUGUGUAUCGGUAUACAUAUAUUGCUACAAGAGAUGCCAAGUCAUACAAAGUUACAUUGUUCAGAGAUGUCGUACAUCCAGAUGGCAAGACUACAACAUCAACAACUUCUCAGACUCUGCGAGCAUCCCCGAUUCACAUUACUGGCUCCUCUUCUACUACAUCCUCAUUAUCGGGAAACACAGUAGGAGAUGUCGUAGCUAUCUGCGAAGAUGGGCAAGUUAUUUAUCUGACAGGCGAAGACCUCACCCUGCAAUGGUCUUCCCCAUUCAAGCCAGCCAUCCAAGAUGUUAUUGCGGGAGCCAUUGAAAGCCUACGAGUGGAGUAUGUCUCAUCUGGAAGUGUGACCGACUUUAGAGAGGGAGUUUUCAAAAGCAGGCUGGAAAUUUUCAGCGCAUUGCCUCGGGCCCUCGACGUUGACCCCUCGCUCAUCUUCGUCGUCGUCAAAAGCGCUUCCGAAGGAAAGUCAACCCGCCAUCUUUUGGUCCUGGCUACUUUGCCAGGCGGAGCUGCUGCUGCACCUGGCGUACAGAAUUUGAUUCCUCUGGACAUCAGUCCCCUUCCAGCCAACUCCUCCCGAGAAGAAUCACCGGUUUACGAGGUGGACAUUCACUCAGGCUUUCUCACAGAACUCGCAAACGAUGUGCUCAGUGUUUACGAUAUUACCAGUGCGGUUCCGAAAAAGAAGUCUAUGAUCCAAAUGGCUGGCACACAGUCAUUUAUACGUCUCUCAAGACCAUUCCUUCUCACCACAUCCACGGAUUCGAUGGUCUUAUACAACCACCAAUACAGCUCUGUGCACGGAAGGGCUGAUUUGGAUCUAUCUGAACUCCCAGCCGAAGACCAACAGGCACGAAAUUGCCAAUUAAUUACCUACUUUCGCAGCCAGGAUCUCGCCAUUGCUUUGAUCGACAAUGUGCUAGUUUCCAUUCACGUGGAGCCUCCUCAUUAUCAUGGGAAGCGACGCAAGGAAGGGCUAUUGAUUGACUCGAUUGGUAGAGGGGCACCAUUCGAGGUGCAAACAAAGCCCUCAAAGGGCGAGUCAGUGUCUGCGGAAUUUUCCCGCCUAAUCCCUGGAAGCAUGACUGAAGAGUACCUGGUCGCAUACCACAAGGAAAUCCUAGCAGCCAACGAAAUGCUGGCCAACAACGCCUUAGGAAAAUGGGAAGACCUACUACGGCAAAAAUUCGGCUUGAAAAACCAGAAUGAUCCUGCCUUGGCGAAUGGGGAGGCAACCGUGGAGGCUCAAGAGCUACCCGAAUGGGACUGGCAAACAGAGACUGGUUCAUACCCCCCUGUUGACAGACGAUGGGUGAUAUAUGCGAUAAGCCAAGUCUUCUCAGUGGAGACGACCUCAUCUGACGAACCGAAGCCUGAACUACGCUUGGCUCUCCCAGACAGCAACGUCACAACUUACCUGGUUGUUGCAGGUCACUUGACAAUCUCCAACUUGAUUUCAGCCUUCCGCGACGUGCUUCCUCUGGAAGCUUCGGGGAUCAAGGCUGUGGCCAGAGACUUAAUCCACAGCCUCACUGAUGCUGAUCCGUCUAUGACACUCUUGCUGAACUACCUGCAAGCCACAAAGUUGGGGGAAGUAGAGCUGUUGCUUGCAAUCAGAAGCCUUAUGCUGAGCAUGGAUUUACUCCCGGAUACGAACAAGCUGAAUAAGCUUAAGCUGUUGGCAAAUGAAGCUCACGAAGAAGGCGAUACGCAGGAAGUGGACCUGGAUGAUCUCGAAAGAGAAAUUGCUGUCACCGAGCAUUACUUAGGAGACGAGUCAAGCAGCCGCUCCCGCGGCUUGACUCUAGCAUUCACAAAGCUGUGGCGCAUUCCAGCCAUUGCGACGGUCAAAGCUCUCCGUGAUACAGUCCGAACCGAAGAGGUGCUAGCUUUCAUCUACAUACUUAGAGUGGAAUUGGUUCGCGGAGCCUGGACAACCCUGUACAUUGAUCCCACUAGCCUUGACUCUGAAGGCAACGAUCCUCCCCCGGAUGGCGUCAUUACCCUCAUUGCAGACCUACUCGGACGGUGCCUGGAUGCAGUCGGUGCUGGAGGAUGGCUGUUUAACGAUGCUAUGACCUGGGCGGACAAGACUGAGACCGGUGACUUUUUGACCGCCCUAAAACUGGAGGUUGCUGCAGCCCUGGAAGGCUUGGAGGAAGCUGUUCUCCUCAACGGCAUUGUGGGUGAGGCUGUACGGUAUGGGCUUACAGCAGAGAAGAACUGGGCGGCACGUCAGGUUUGGACCCCAAACAAACCCAUUUCUUUGCACUUGGAGGGCAAAGAGUCUCGACUUCUGCCACUUGGGCUGAAGAUGAAAUUGCUCCCUACCAGAGAAAAGGUGGUUUCCGGUGGUGAGGUUGUUAAUCGCACCUCACGAGAAACGGGACAUAUGAUAAGUCAAAAAGUGGAGGCUUAUUCACUCGAGAAGCUGGCUAUUUGA